AUUCCUCUGUGGGCGGGACUUAGUAGCACCACCUCUGGGCCUCAGCCCCCGUCAAUCCUGAGCCGAUUGUUUAUUGUCAAAAUGGAGUUCUUACUUGGAAAUCCGUACAGCACUCCCGUGGGCCAAUGUAUAGAGAGGGCCACAGACGGAGGCCUACAGAACGAGGACUGGACCCUCAACAUGGAGAUCUGCGAUAUCAUAAACGAGACGGAUGAGGGGCCCAAAGACGCCACGCGGGCACUGAAGAAGAGACUCGGGGGCAACAAGAACUACAGAGAAGUGAUGCUGGCGCUCACGGUUUUGGAGACCUGUGUGAAAAACUGCGGCCGCCGGUUUCAUGUCCAGGUGGCCAACAGGGAUUUCAUCGAUGGUGUGCUGGUCAAAAUCAUCUCGCCCAAGACCAAUCCGCCAACCAUCGUACAAGACAAAGUGCUGGCGCUGAUACAGUCGUGGGCCGACGCCUUCAGGAGUUGCCCCGAUCUGACUGGUGUGGUCCACAUUUAUGAGGAACUGAAGAGGAAAGGCAUUGAGUUCCCGAUGGCCGACCUGGACGCAUUGUCUCCCAUCCACACACCGCAGAGGGGUACAGCAGAGGUGGACCCAGCCAUGAUCAAGUACCUGGCCCCGGUCUCACCCGCCGUCGGGCCGCCUAAACCGUCCCCGUCUCUCGCCUUGGCCCCUACAUCUACCACACAGGCCUCCCUCUUGCCCAGCCCCAUCACGGCAACCCCCGAACAGAUUGCCCGGCUGCGCAGUGAGCUGGACGUAGUGAGAGGAAACACCAAAGUCAUGUCGGAAAUGCUAACAGAGAUGGUCCCCGGGCAGGAAAAUGCCUCUGACCUUGAACUGCUUCAGGAGCUGAACCGAACAUGCCGGGCGAUGCAGCAGAGAGUAGUGGAGCUGAUUUCACGCGUCUCCAACGAGGAAGUGACCGAGGAGCUGCUGCACGUCAACGACGACCUCAACAACAUUUUCCUCCGAUACGACAGGUACGAGAGGUACCGGUCGGGGAGAGCCGCACAGAACAACGGGCUGAUAGAGAUGUUGAACGAGGCCACAGAUGACAACCUCAUAGACCUGGGCCCAGGCUCCCCUGCCGUGGUCACGCCCCGGAUCAGCUGUAGCUCUCCACCCAAAUCAACACCCGGGGCCACCGCCUCCCCGGCCCGUGACCCCGGCACGGCCUCGCUCUCCUCUGCACUGGCUGGGAUUGAUGUAGCUUCAGACAGCGUGAGCGCGACCCUGUCCUCCCUCCCGGGCCGCAACCACGAUGACUUUGACAUGUUUGCUCAGACCAGGAGCAGCUCUUUGGCCGAGCAGCGUAAAAAUGUAAAGUAUGAGGACCCUCAGGCUCUGGGUAGUCUGGCCUCGGCUUUGGAUGUGAGACAACAGAACACAGGAGGGCUGAGUGUAAAAGGGGAUGAUAACCCAGCAGAUCAGGAGCUGCCCAUAGACAGCUGGCUUAUUACCCAAGGAAUGAUCCCCGUAUCGCAGUCCUCUGUCAUGGAUGACAUAGAGGAGUGGCUCUGUGCUGACGUGAAAGGGGAUGCUGCUGAGGAAGGGGUGACCAGUGAAGAGUUUGAUAAGUUCCUGGAGGAGCGAACAACGGCCCCGGACCCUCUGCCGCCUCCCCCCGGAGCUCCCCCCGCUCGUGCCCCCGCCGGCUCCAACAAGAAGGCCGAACGGACGGAGGACGCCCUCUUUGCCCUGUAGACUCUCCUUGGAGAACCUCCGGUGGCUCUGCAGGGGCAUCUAAAGGCACCCGCCCUAAACGAUGCCUCCCCAACAGUCCCCCGUCCCCGUCCCCCCCGUCCCUCCUGCCGGCUGGCAGCGGCGCAGCAGGUGAUCUUCACCUCAUCGUUAUUCUCUUGCCGCAGUGUUGCUUUAACGCGAAGAGGUCCAACAUGUUCGCGGCGCACAAGCGCGUUGCGUUUUACUAUAAUAAGGGUGUGUUAAUGUGUCUGGCGGCCCUGCAUCUCAUUGUGUAAUGCGCCACCAAAGGAAGACGAGCAAACUCGGUGGCAUGUGAUUGCGAGGUCAAAUGAAGGACUUCACAGCAGGUGCAUUGAGGCAGAAUGGAAAGAAUACAAUUUAGGAUUGCAUUGUGUUGUUGGACUGCAUUCAGCUAAUUGCUAAUUUAUGCUUUUCUUGUUUUAAUGGUUUGUUCAAUCCAGGCUCUUAUUUUGUUUCCUCCACAAAAUACUCCAGUUAGAGCUCUAGUCUUGCUUUUAAUGCUGAGGUAUGUGUGAAAUGGCAACAAAUAAAAUUAUCCAAUUUGCCUAAAGCUUUGGGAACAAAGGGCUUACGUUAAAAGGCUCAUUUUGACAGCAAGGAAUAUAAUAUAUAAAGCUACUCUUGAUAAGCCAGCAAGGGGUUAUCAAGAGUGGGUUAUCAAGGGGAUAAAAAAAAACUAAAAUCUAAGCACUUGUUAGGAUUCUUUGAAAUGUAUUUCAAAUGGCUACAGGAAGGAAUGUGUCCAUGUAAUAUUUCCCACGAGUCUUUUCAGCCCUCUGAACGGCUUCAACAAAUGAGUCGCUCUUGAACAAUUGCAAACACUUUAAGCCAUUCCAAAGAAAACUGAGGCUGUGAUGACCAACCAGUAUUGAAUUUGGCCUGUUAAAAAAAACACGUGUUAUGGAUGUUAAGGGAUUAUGAUCAUUUUCCUCCCCCUGUUAUAUUAAUCUCUGAAGCAACUAGUCUUAAGUUUUUGUCUUUACAAGAUGGUUACUAUUUUUCUAUGGGAUGGGGAAAUGGUCUAUAGAUUGACUCUAUUUUGCACAUAACAUUAGUCACUGUCGUUGCGGGGCUUGUUCACAUACACGCGGAUUGAAGGGAAGUUACACUUACGAUUGGAGAACCUUUUCCAGAGAUUUAAAGAAAUAACAAACAGAUGUGAGACACAAUAUGGCAUUAAAAUGAUCAGCAUCGCUGGCAUCAUAAUCAACUAUAACUUACAGUAAUGCACUGUAUUAAUAUAGCUAGAGCUCCAGUUUGAACUGUAAUCUGUAUAAAUCAAAAUACAGGAAAUUUAGUUUGUAUCUGGCUAAAAUCAUUCAGGCUUGUAAUAUCCAGGCAGCAGAGAGAUUUGUGUAUGAUUUGAUCCCCUCAUUUAUCUUUUUGUGAUUGAGCAUGAAACAUGCAGCAAACAAUCCCAAUUGGACUUCCUUUGAUCUGUGAAGUCAAAGACGUGCUUUGGUUAUUGAUGUUUUUUCAUUCCGGUAUGAUUCCUCUGCUCCCGUCGGAGCUGCUGCCAAACAAUUCAACAAAGUGGCUCCGACUCACAUUUUUCUUUUGAAGCAAAACUCAAUUCUGUCCGCACCAAUUCUCCCACCAUCUUCCACCAUCACCUCUAAACACUUUUUCUCCGAUGAUUUUUGUCAGUGUAAUCAUUAUUUUAAAUAUUUAAAUGUAUUUUACUUAAAAAAGGAAUGAGUAAUUAGCUUUAAUGUUUUUAAUGCUGUAUGGUUACAUAUGGUUUAUGGGUUUAAUAUGGUUGCCAAGUAACUGAGAUAAUAGCGUUACAUUUACAAUCAACCAAUGUUCACUUUAAUGAAAUAAAUGCAAGCUGAACAAAAAAUAAUGACUAAAUAUGUAACGGGAGAUCCUUUUUAAAAGGGAACUCGAGUAUUUUUCUGUUUUUACGUUACGUAUCUUUGGAUCUGUAACAGUGUAUUGUGUUACUUGCUUUUAUGAAGCUUGGAUUUUGAUUGCAACAUGCUAUCUCAAAAUGUCUAUUGAAUGUCUUUUAGUACUAAAGAAGCGGAACAGUGAGCAAAUGUUCCUCUGACAUGGAAGAGAGGCUUGUUUUCUGUCUGUUGCCGGUCCCAUGUCUGUUUGGCUGUGCCGUUCGCUGCCAUUACUAAUGGUCAGACUUUAGUUUUGACCUAAUGCACGUAUAUAUAACUGCCCAAUAAAACACUAGCAAUGCGUGACCUCUACCUCA